UGCCAAUUUCACGGUAGUAGUUGAAAAAUCUUACACGUGGUCAUAGCUCGUUGAAAGGUGUUGAGAUUUUUGCUCUUAUCAAAUUGUUUAGCACGAUACUGACAAUAGAGAUUAGAGAGUUUCUGCUUGUACAAAAUGACAACCUCCGAUGAGAAAGCAGCACUUGUGAUUGGCGAGAAACUAAACGAGGGAAAGACGAAAAUCAUCUACAACUUACCGAAGUCGCCGAAUGGAGACCACGUGUUAAUAAGAUCCAAGGAUAAAAUCUCUGCUGGGGAUGGAGCCCGAAUGCACGAAAUCGAGGGAAAGAGCGCUAUAAGCAAUGAUACUACUUGCACGAUAUUCGAACUGCUGAAUGCCUGCAACGUGAAAACUCAUUUCAUCUCAAGGCACGACGAAACCUCGUUUGUGGCUGUAAAAUGCGAAAUGAUUCCCCUGGAAUUCGUGAAUCGCCGUCUGGCCACCGGAUCAUUUUUGAAGCGUAACCCAGGCGUGAAAGAAGGCUAUCGUUUCUCUCCUCCCAAAAUGGAGACGUUUUUCAAAGAUGAUGCAAACCACGAUCCACAAUGGUCCCAUGAACAGAUCAUUGAAGCCCAAUUAAAGCUUGGUGGCGUUACCAUUGGUGAGAGAGAGGUUGAGCUUAUGACUUCAACAGCCGUAGUUGUGUUUGAAAUCCUGGAAAAGGCUUGGGCUACCGUUGACUGUACGUUAGUCGAUAUGAAAAUUGAGUUCGGCGUGAAUGCCCGCACCGGUGAAAUCUUCCUCGCAGACGUCGUUGAUAAUGAUUCCUGGCGACUCUGGCCAUCUGGAGAUCGGCGACUCAUGCGCGAUAAACAAGUUUACCGAGAGAUGAAAGAGGUCACUGGCGAAGGGCUUGCAAUCGUAAAGAAAAACUACAAGUGGGUCCAAGAGCAAAGUCGUAACCUGUUACCAGGGAAACGUCGAGGACGAGUAGUCAUCGUAAUGGGUUCGCCAACCGACAUAGAUCAUUGUAGAAAGAUUGAAGCUUGUCUAAAAGAAGUGGGUGUCUUCGUUGAGCUUAGAGUUACCUCGGCACAUAAGGGAACGGAGACGGCUCUUGGUAUACUUCAUUACUACGAAGGGCAUAACAUUCCCACUGUUUUUAUUGCCGUUGCUGGUCGGAGCAAUGGCCUGGGUCCUGUUUUCUCCGGCAAUACUGCCUAUCCCGUCAUCAACUGUCCUCCCAUCAAGGCUGACUGGGGCCCCCAAGAUGUUUGGUCUUCUAUGCGUCUGCCCUCGGGUUUGGGCUGCCCAACAGCAAUCAUCCCAGAAGGUGCUGCUCUUGCUGCCGCUCAGGCACUUGGUAUGACUGAUCACAUUGUUUGGAGCAAGAUUCGAGUUAAGCAGUUGAACAAUCGUAUUAAUCUUCUUCAUGCUGAUAAAAAAGUCGCUAUUCAAACGGAAUAAUUAGUAUUUUCUUUUGUAUUAUAUUGGAUUUUUCGUGUGUUUUAUUAUCGGUUAGGCAACUGAAGUGACAUGUAAUUGGGUUUUUUUCUUUGCUUCGCUUCGAUAAUUAGAUAUUCAUGAAUAACUGCAA